AUGUACGUCAUUCAUAUCAUCGCCCUUCUUGUGCCCCUAACCUACGUACUGCAGUGCAUAGCCCGUAAGGUCCCUGAAUUAUGCAAAGCCUACACUCCAGGAAAGACCGACCAGGACGUACAUGUACGACUAGCCCGUCUGGAGCACAUUGUAGAGGCUGCACUUCCCCAAUACUGGUCGCAAGGUCACGGUCAUACAGCCGGCUCACCAGAUACCCAGAGUGACAGGCGGCGUUCUAUGUCACCGGGUGCGGAUGAUGGCAAUCGGUCGCAACCGGAAGACGAAGACCCAUGCGAGGGAAUGUUCGAUAGCGGCAGAUGGUAUGGGAAGAGCGCUUCAGGGAGCGUGGCUGCCCCUGUGGUACUGGAGCAGUUGCGGCACGUUGGGGAUUCAUCAGGCAGUCAGCUUCCUGCCGAUCUCCUUCAACCGGCAGCAAAGAUCCUGUCCACGCAAGAACCCAAUGCAGCCGAUAGGUUGCAAAGGCUCAUUUCGGACUACGGCUUCUCCCCCACGAAAGUGCCGGAACUCAUCUCAGAAUUGCCCGCACGCCAUUUGUCAAAUCGCCUUGUGGAUUAUUACUUCACCGCUAUAAAUUGGACGCGUUAUCCCAUACCUGAGCGUGAUUUCCGCGCAUCGUAUGCUUCAAUAUGCGCUGAGGGGUUGAUGCUCAACCCUAACAAUCUACGCUUCUUGCCCCUCCUAUUUGUUGUGCUUGCCAUCUCGGUACGACUAGCACCUGAGCACAUUGGUGGUGACGAGCAUACCCGCAAACUCACCUCGACACGAUAUUACUGGUCUUCCCGUCGAGCCCUCAUUAUUGCAGCCGCCAUAGCACCUGAUUGUUUCGAAAUGGUGUUGACCCGCAUGCUAAGCGCCAGAUUCCUCAUUCUUGAUCGGAGAAUGACUGAAUCAUGGAAUCAACUCGGGGCUGCAGUCAGGACCGCACAGGCUCUCGGCAUGCAUCGUGAUGGUGCUGCUAUGGGAAUGGACCUUGUACGGGUAGAAAAACGUCGCCGCGCAUGGGCACACCUCUACCAUGCAGACCGGUCCAUCGCCCUAGUCUUAGGAAGGCCUGCCGCUAUACAGGACGUAUAUACGUCUACCCUCCCACCGUCCAAUGUGGACGACUAUGCCUCUUCCGAUCUGCAUAAGCCUCUUCCGCUUUCAACCCCGACCUUAUCCACAUUCAUGAUCCUCCGCCAUACACUCGCCGGCAUUAUGGGCCGCGUAUCACACCAUUUUCAGCAAGUCAGAUCGCCAAGUCAUUACUCUGAAGUACUCGCACUGGACGAUGAGCUUGUAAAGUUCAUGCAGAUGCUUCCUGCACAUUACAGCGUUGAGCCCGAUACAUCCCUCGACCAGUCACAUCCAUACAUACCUGUGCACCGAUUCCUCCUUGUUACGGAAGUCCUCUUCGUGCGGACGACUCUGAACCGUCCAUACCUCCUGCGCCGGUUAGGUUCCGACCGUUACGAGCGCUCGCGCCAAGCGUGUUUCGAGUCAGCCUUGACCGACUACCGCAUCCGACGAGUGUUUUUGGCGACGACUACGAAGGAAGCUCGCGACCCAGUCGCAAGUGCGUAUCGGGAGUUCCAGUCUGCCAUGAUCAGCGGCAUAUACCUCGUUCUGUACCCUCGCGGGUCUGACGCUGCGGCUAUGCACGCGGUCGUGGACAGCUUCCUUAAGGGCCAAGAGCUCAGAAAGGAGCUGGACGAGAUGACACGUCGGGAGGUCAACAUCAUCCAGUUCCUGAAAGACAAGUCCAUCAAGCUGGCAGCUGCAACUGAGUCAGGAUCCAGCAAGUUGCAUUCCAGCUUGCAGAAACCGAACUUCACGCUGAAUAUCCCCCACACUCCCACACGUUCGGCGAGCAUGGGUUCGGUACACCCGUCUGGGACAGCGUCGCCCGUGGUCUCGGCACUCUCAAUGACCUCUCUCCCUCCGAAGUCUGCAUACGCGCACCAGCCUGCCAUUCCGUCACACCUACAGCAUGUCGAAAGCGGCUCGAACUCAAGCACUGGCAGUCCGCCUGGAGAAGAGACCGAGUCUUCUGCGCAAUCGUUACUUGACCAGUGGUGCAAUAUCUUUAGUGGCGGUCCCACAGACGAUUCGACGGGUACGACGACACGUCUGCCGUGGGGCACACCGGGCUUAACCGACCUAUCAGGCUGGCUACCGACUUCCUCGCCUAUGUUGGCCAACGAAGCGCUACCGGGCCUAGAUGGUUCGGACUGGGGUUACUGGGACACGCUGGUGAACCAGCUGAAUCCGGGCUCCGACAUGUCCUCUGAGUAUGUACCUGCUGCUUGGCCUAAUGCAUCUGACAACGACCGACUCGAAGAGGCCACCGCGGACGGCAAUACAGGCGGGAACACUCCCCUAUCCAAGGUCGCCCGCCUAGAGUCCUCUCUGCCUUCAGAGCUGCCCUUAACUUCGAUGGCUACAACUUCGAUGGCUACACGAGCAACGAGAAUUUUGUCGUGGAAUGUUGAGACGCCAGUCCCAUUCCUCAAUCUGCCUCCUCGCAAGGUCGGCACGUCGUCUGUGCCCCCUGGCAGCCGCCUCUCGCUACUACGAGAGCUCAUAGCUCGACACGACUUCCCCGACUUUGUAUGCCUCCAGGAAGUCCGCGCGCGGCAGUCGGACAAAGAAUGGAUCGUGGCUCUCAAGGCUGCCGCAAACAAGAGCGACAGUGGCCCGAAGUACACGGCUUAUAUGUCGCUGAACCGUGCUCUCCGUGGUCCGCGGCACUUUGGGGUCAUCACUUACGUCAAAGACGCUCACAAAAUCGCAGUGUCUCGCGAAGUAGAUUGGGAUGCCGAGGGCCGGGUCAUCAUCUUGGAGAUGAAGAGUGGUUGGGCCUUGCUCAACGUCUACGCGCUCAAUGGGAGCGAGUAUUUCUGGCGGGACCCGCUAGGCCAGAACGCUCCGAAAACCCGCAACGAGCGCAAACGCGACUUCAAUCGGUUGCUGAUGCAGGAAUGCCAAGCCAUGCGGGCGCGUGGUUUGCGCCUCGUUCUCAUCGGUGACUUCAACAUCUCGCUCACGAAGAAAGACUGCGUACCUAGGCUGCGUACGGAGUACCCUCACUCGCUAGCCCGCAAGGAAUUCAACGAGGAGUUCAUACCGACCUUGGAUGUCGUAGACGUGUACCGCGAAGUGCAUGGACAGAAGGCAGCUUUCAGUUGGUUCGUGAAGGGCAAGCCGCAGGGCGCGGACGCUGCUCGUGUAGACUAUGCUUUGGUCCAGCGCACAUUGAUGGACCGCGUUAUUGAAACGAUGUAUCACGAAGACAGUGUAGAGCGUGCCCAUAGCGACCACGCGCCGCUCACCCUCGCGCUUAGAGAUAUGGACGGUCUGGAGGAGGAAAAUGAUACAGUUUUACUUGGGGAACCCUUAGCCUGA